AAGGGGAGGAGGCGGAGGCGGGCGCGGUGGUGGCGGCGGCCGGCACGACGGCUGAGGCGAGGUUGUGCCCCUGACUGUGUCCACCGAGCUCAGCGGCUGUUGCCUACGCGUGGAGGAGCAGCGGCGCCGAGAGGCAGAGGAGGAUCGCGGGCGAGCGCGGCGGCAGGACGUCCACGGUGGCCGCGGCCCCGGCGGCGGCCGGCGACAAUCGGCGUGGGGAAGCAGCGGCGGCCGCAGCGGCAGCCGCCUCUCCGCCACCGGGACGCCGAGGCGCGGCUGGCGGCGCUGACAUCCACGGCCCUGCCUCUCCUUCCUCGCCCCCGGCCCUCCCCAUGUGAUCGGUCUUAAUCCCGACCGUGUGCGCGCGUGGGGGCUCCAUUGCGCGGCGCCCGGUGUCGGUGCCGGGGUGGGUGCUCGCGUGCGCUUCUCCUCCCCAUCCCCCGCCCCGUCCCCAAGAAUAAAAGAAGAACCGGGAGGCGUGCUCAGAAAAUAAAUAAAUAACCAGCACACACGCGCAGCCCGGAGCGAGGCGGCGGGGCUGGCGGCGGCGGAGGAGGAGUGAAGGCGGCGGCGGCGGAGGAGGGACGCUCGGAGCCGGCAGUAACUUUCGAGCCAGCCCAGAGCCCGGAGCUCCAGCCGAGCGGUUUGCAGCGCGGCGGCGGCGGCGCUGAGUGUCUGGCCCGCCGGUGCGGUCGGGGUGUGCAGUCGGACGGGACGAGCAGCGUGUCGCUGUCCCCCCCCUCCCGGCCGCUGGAGAUGUCCGAGCCCAAGGCGAUUGAUCCCAAGUUGUCGACGACCGACAGGGUGGUGAAAGCUGUUCCGUUUCCGCCAAGUCACCGGCUGACAGCGAAGGAAGUGUUUGAUAAUGAUGGGAAGCCGCGUGUGGAUAUCUUAAAAGCACAUCUCAUGAAGGAGGGCAGGCUGGAAGAGAGUGUCGCCUUGAGAAUAAUCACAGAGGGUGCUUCGAUUCUUCGACAGGAAAAGAACUUGCUGGAUAUUGAUGCCCCAGUCACAGUUUGUGGGGACAUCCAUGGACAGUUCUUUGACUUGAUGAAGCUCUUUGAAGUGGGAGGAUCCCCUGCCAACACUCGCUACCUCUUCUUAGGGGACUAUGUUGACAGAGGGUACUUCAGUAUUGAAUGUGUGCUGUAUUUGUGGGCCUUGAAAAUUCUUUACCCCAAAACACUGUUUUUACUUCGUGGAAAUCAUGAAUGUAGACAUCUAACAGAGUAUUUCACAUUUAAACAAGAAUGUAAAAUAAAGUAUUCAGAACGAGUUUAUGACGCCUGUAUGGACGCCUUCGACUGCCUUCCGCUGGCCGCACUGAUGAACCAGCAGUUCCUGUGUGUCCAUGGUGGUUUGUCCCCAGAGAUUAACACUCUAGAUGACAUCAGAAAAUUAGACCGAUUCAAAGAACCACCUGCUUAUGGGCCCAUGUGUGACAUCCUGUGGUCGGACCCCCUGGAGGACUUCGGGAAUGAGAAGACUCAGGAACAUUUCACUCACAACACAGUCAGGGGAUGUUCAUAUUUCUACAGUUAUCCGGCUGUCUGUGACUUCCUGCAGCACAAUAACCUGUUGUCCAUCCUCCGAGCCCACGAAGCCCAGGACGCGGGGUACCGCAUGUACAGGAAAAGCCAAACAACAGGCUUCCCUUCUCUGAUUACAAUUUUCUCAGCACCAAAUUACUUAGAUGUGUACAAUAACAAAGCUGCAGUGUUGAAGUACGAGAACAACGUGAUGAACAUCAGGCAGUUCAACUGUUCUCCCCACCCAUACUGGCUCCCGAAUUUCAUGGAUGUCUUCACCUGGUCGCUGCCAUUUGUUGGGGAGAAAGUCACUGAGAUGCUGGUGAACGUCCUCAACAUCUGCUCAGACGAUGAGCUGGGGUCAGAGGAAGAUGGAUUUGACGGAGCCACGGCUGCAGCCCGGAAGGAGGUCAUCAGGAACAAGAUCCGAGCAAUAGGCAAAAUGGCCAGAGUGUUCUCAGUUCUCAGAGAAGAGAGUGAGAGUGUUCUGACCCUGAAGGGCCUGACCCCGACAGGCAUGCUCCCCAGCGGAGUACUUUCCGGAGGGAAACAGACCCUGCAAAGCGCUACUGUUGAGGCUAUUGAGGCUGAUGAAGCUAUCAAAGGAUUUUCACCACAGCAUAAGAUCACUAGCUUCGAGGAGGCGAAGGGCUUGGACCGAAUUAACGAGAGGAUGCCACCUCGCAGAGAUGCCAUGCCCUCCGACGCCAACCUUAACUCCAUCAACAAGGCUCUCGCCUCAGAGACUAACGGCACGGACAGCAACGGCAGUAAUAGCAGCAAUAUUCAGUGACCACUUCCUGUUCACUUUUUUUUUUUUUUUGAGCUGCAGGUCAUGAUGGGAUUGCUGCAUCUCAGCAGUUGGAUGUUCUUGCCUCUGACGGUAGCUUGUUUGCUCUGGGGGCCAGGAAUUGGAUUCAGUUUACACUAUCAUGAAAUAAAAAAAAAAAAGAGGGAGAGAGAUAAUAAACUAUAUUUUGGUGAGGGUGGUGAUUAAACACCUCUUUUGGGUAUGCCUUUAAAAAAUGCUUCUAGGAAAAAAAGGUUUUAAAAAGAAAGCUAAUGCUAGUCUAUACUGCAAUGUUAGGGAAGUGAACGUGUUUUCUGACUACACUGGGGACUUCUAGAUAGGUUAAUGAAAGGCCUUUUACUCUGUUACUGGACACGAAAACUUUGUCUAAUUUCUUAUACUCUAUUGUACGUUUACAGUGCAGCACUAAAAAUGGAUGACAUCAAACAUUUUUAACGACGACAAAAACAAUGAUGUACAAACUAAAUAAGGACUAUUUAUUGAUAAGGUUUUGCUACUUUCGUCAGACAAUGGCUAGAAACUGAAUUAGGCAGUCUUUAAAAAAAAAAAAACCUGGAAAAAAAAGAAUGUUGCAAAUUUGUUAAAAUGCCAAAAAAGGACAGUUUAAUUUUGUAUAGCUCGUGCUUACCUCAGGUUCCUUUAGUUUGCUUGAAUACCCUUCUUUCCGUAGAGCACUUGUUAAUUUGGCAGCGAAUACAUUUUCUUUAAGUUUUAAAAAAAAAACUGGAAUAAUUACACCCAUCUUUUUUGCUGUUUAUAUUUAGGGGUUUUGUUGAUAAAUCAAGUCUCGGUUGUGGCUUGCUGAAUUCAAUAUUUAUGAGUGGCGCAUUUUUAAGUAUAGUGAACACGACACCACAGUGCAGUGACGAAGCAUCUGUAUUCUGUAAAAAACAAAAACAAAAAAAAAAUCUGCCUAUGCAUGUUUUUUAAGAAAAAAAUAAAUAAAAUGGCUGUAUCGGCCUGUAUGGGACUGUAAUGCGCUUAGUGGUCUGACAUAUACUGGAAAUGUAUGUAUACUGGCAUACUUUAUAUUCUCUAAAAUGCUUAAUGCCUUUGAAAUUUUGUAAUCAAAAAAAAGCUUUGAAAAAAUCUAAAGGGGAGAGUAUUCUUAAAAGUUUUUAACAUAAGCUUGUCAGUGCACACAUAGAUGGUUGGCAUGUUUAGCAAACUUUGUGAAAUUUAAAUAAGUUUGUAGUUACCUGUGAAACUCUAAAUGCAUGGUCACCGUUAAUGUCAUAACAAUUUAGUUAUUUCCUUCUCUUCUGUCAUGUGCCACAAAAAAUAUGUACUUUUUUCACUUUUUUUCCCUUUGUAUAUUAGUUACGGGUUACAACUGGUUCAUUCUGAAAACAACAACAACCACCAACAAAAGUCCAUUCAUAUUUUUUAACAAUUGUAUAAGUGCCCAAGUCAUUCACUACAGCCUAAAGCCUUGCCUUUGUAAUUUGACUUCUGAAAUGUUGGCAGUCAAAGCAUGCACCUGUAACCAUGACAAAGAAAAAGCAUUUUAUAUUACUAUUCAAUAAAAUGUGCAUGAACUUAAAGAACGCUCAUCCUUUCACUGAGUCUGCUGAAGGGAAUCUUUUGCACAGCCACCAUGGUGUCCUCCGGGUGCUGGCCCUUCAACACCCUGCACACUUAAGACAGGCUGCUGCCUAAGGGCCUUGUGAUCUGAGGAGUGCUACCCACUUCUGCUGUAAAAGUCUUGGUGGAUUUGCGUCUCAAAAAUCAGGCGAGAGAAGUCUACCUAGAGAGCAGAUGCCAUCUUCUGGCUCCCUUGAAUGCAGGACCUAUUUAAGAAACUAAAGCAUUCCUUUUCAUUGAAAACUAAAAACGAAAUAAUCACCAGUUUGUUAUCAGGUUGUAUCAGUUGUGUGGGAUGCCCCUCAGCCCCGCUCUAGUGAGGACGAGUCUCCUAGGCACAUUUCCAUCAGAGGAGAGCUGCGUUUGUAGUGCCGUGAAGGUUGUGUUCCCGUGCUUCAGUUACUUCCACACAGAGGUUUAGGAGACAUCACGUUUCAGUUUGUUUCUAGCAUUGUUCGUUUUUCAACGCACUUUGUUUAUGUAAUAAAUUAUGCCUGUUAUAUUAAAUAAUAAGAAUAUGACAAUCAGUAAUAGAGUGUACCAAAACAAAGAUACAUUCGCUGACAAAAACUUCCCCAGGGUUAUUUGAAUGAAUCAAAACGGGUUUUUUUUGUUUUUUUGGUUUUUUUUUGUUUUUUUGUUUUUUUUCCCUGUGGAUAUUUUCCUAAUUUUAAACAAAAGUGGCAUCCAAGGAAAAAAGAUGCAACUUGCUAGAAUGAUGUGAAAGAAAUGAUAAUUCUGGUACCAAUUUGUGUAUUUUCUUUCUUCUAUCUGCAGAGAAAAUAUCCCAAAAAUUUUAUUAUUAAUAACAAUCGGGUUUUUUGGAUUCCUUUCUUUUGCAAAUUGUGCUAAGGAAACUAUGGCAUAGAAAUAAACAUUUGACAU